GGAUCGAGCGCGUGAACUUUGCCUCAUUGGCCAGUUUGUUUAUUAAACUUCGUCUCGAGGAAAACGUGCAUGUCCUUCAGCGUGUCGCGAGCCUUGUUGCGUUGGGUUGAGGCGUUCACGAGAAGUCGUGUCAAGUCAAAUCAAGGUGAACCGCGGCUCGUGCUGCAGUUGUACGAUGCUCACUGCUUGCUCGUGGAGCUAAGAGGGAUCGGUUGUGAAGUUGCCUAGAAGCAACCUGUUGCAGAGACCCUGUUAUUCCCGUCUUCAGGUCUGAACAUCAGCGCCAUGACGGGUGACAUGGUGGUCUGGAGGGGUCUGACCUGGAUGAAGCAGGCGGCCUGCAGAGCCUCACCGGGAGGCCUGCACGGCACCGGGAACCAGAGGCUGGUAAACUUCCAUCAUGCUGCCGGAUCAGCGAGGGAGACGUUCAACAAACCACGAGAAGUCUGCGUCCUCAAAGCCUCGGCACCACAGCGGCACAGAUAUUCCACUGUUGGAGCUUGUUUCAGUGCGUGUUUCACAGGAAGCGUUAACGCCAGACAGGCGACCUGCAGUGGAAGACCCAGCACUAAGCACAUGAGGUACCACGGGGACUGGUCCCGCCAGCUGUUCUCUGGCCAUACCAGGUUGUUUAACCAGGACAACUCCACAGUGGGACGUCUGGCGCCAGAGGACGGUGAUAAAGCGGGAAACGCCAAGAAAACCGACAUCAAGCAACACAAGCAAGUGCUCAGCGACAGAGCCAGAGAGAGGAAGGUGCCCGUCACACGGAUAGGAAGGCUGAUGAAUUUUGGAGGUCUGGCCGUUGGACUCGGCAUUGGGGCGAUCGCUGAAGUGGCCAAGAAGAGUUUAAAACCCAAACAAGGAGGGAAAGGUGAUAAAAAAUCCGUUCUGGACUCGAGUGCCUUCCUCUCUGAAGCCAACGCUCAAAGAAUCGUCCGGACACUUUGCAAAGUCCGAGGUGCUGCUCUCAAAAUUGGACAGAUGCUCAGCAUUCAAGACGACGCCUUCAUUAACCCUCAGCUGGCCAAAAUCUUCGAGCGUGUUCGACAGAGUGCGGACUUCAUGCCCCCUAAACAGAUGAUGAAAGCCAUCGCCGGUGACCUCGGCCCCAACUGGAGAGACAAGCUGGAGUACUUUGAGGAGAAGCCGUUUGCGGCGGCAUCCAUCGGUCAGGUGCAUUUAUCGAGACUGAAGGACGGCCGAGAGGUCGCCAUGAAGAUUCAGUACCCUGGAGUCGCCAAGAGUAUCAACAGUGACGUGAAUAAUAUCAUGACUGCUCUGAGUUUAAGCAACGUGCUGCCUAAAGGUCUCUUUCCUGAGCACCUCAUUGAGGUCAUGAGCCGUGAGCUGGCGCUGGAGUGUGAUUACAUAAGAGAGGCCAAAUGUGCCAAAAAAUUUCAAGAGCUGCUGAAGGAUCACCCGUACUUCUACGUGCCUGAUGUGAUUGACGAGCUGAGCAGCCCGCACGUCCUCACCACAACGCUGGUGCCCGGUUUCCCUCUGGACAAGGCCAGCGACCUCUCCCAGGAGCUCAGGAAUGAGAUUUGUGAGCAAAUCUUGAAGUUGUGCCUGAGAGAGCUCUUUGAGUUCAGAUUCAUGCAGACUGAUCCAAACUGGUCCAACUUCUUCUUUGAUCCCCAAGCUCACAAGGUUGCACUGUUGGAUUUUGGAGCUACGCGGGGAUUUGAUAAGAGUUUCACUGACGCUUACAUUGAGAUUAUUAAUGCAGCUGCUAAUAACAACAGAGAAGUCGUCCUCCAGAGAUCCAGAGACAUGAAGUUCCUCACAGGAUAUGAGUCAAAGGUGAUGGAGAAUGCCCACGUGGAUGCGGUGAUGAUCCUCGGAGAGGCUUUCUCUUCUGAGCAGCCCUUUGACUUUGGAACUCAGAGCACCACAGAGCGCAUCCACGGCCUCAUCCCUGUGAUGCUGAGGGAGCGACUAACGCCGCCCCCCGAGGAGACGUACUCUCUUCACCGCAAGAUGGGUGGUUCCUUCCUCAUCUGCUCUAAACUCAAAGCUAGAAUAUCCUGCAAGAACAUGUUCCGGGACACCUAUGAGAACUACUGGAGAGAUGGGACGCCCGGCAGCAACAAACUAGCUUGAAGACUGGUUUUCCAAAACCAUAUUCCAUCGCUCAUUUUGACCAGGACUCUCAUCCAGACGAACAUGAACAUUGCUUUUAAGUAAUGUGUGAAGAAUAUGUCUACAUUUUGUUUGAAUUUGUUGUGUACAAAAUCUGGUUAGACGAACAUUUGAAAUACAUGUUGUAAAAAUAAAUAAAGUUUAUAAAGAAAGCAA